AUGAAGACUGUAUACGUUAUAGACGUUGAAAGUGGUAACUUGCAAUCCUUAUUCAACGCAAUUAAACGCAUUGGGGGUUAUGAUGUUAAAUUUAUUCAUGAUGCAAAAGAAUUCGCCGAUUACAAUAACAGUAUUGAAAAAUUAAUAUUUCCAGGUGUGGGUAACUAUGCUCAUUUUAUCAAGCAAUUACACGAUAGAGAGUUAGUGGGUCCAAUUACCAAGUAUAUUGAGAGUGGAAGGGCUCUCAUGGGUAUUUGUGUUGGAUUACAAGCAUUCUUCGAAAGUAGUGAAGAAAGUGAUAGUUCGGAGUAUCAAGGAUUGGGAUAUUUAAAAUUAGGUUUAUCCAAGUUUAACAAAUCAGAUCCAGUAUUUGCUCAAAGAAAACAAUUGAAGGCCGUCCCCCAUAUUGGCUGGAAUAGUGUUAAUACCAUUAAAGCCAAUAAUACUACUCUUCCUAAGACAAAGUCAUUAUUUGGUAUCAAUACAGUUAAUAAAUACUACUUUGUUCAUUCAUACGCGGCUAUACUUAAAGAUGAGCACCAAGAAAAGGUGGUAAGCGAAGCCGUUUCAAACGACUGGGAUGUUGCAUUCGCAAGAUAUGGAUCUGAGAUUUUUUUAGCAGCUGUUUCCUAUAAAAAUUUCUUCGCCACACAGUUUCACCCAGAAAAAUCAGGUGUUGCAGGGUUGAAAGUCAUCAAAAGCUUCUUGGAAGGCUCCAAAUUUAGUGAGGUAACCCCAUCUGAUGCUCAGCCGGUUGAUAAUAUUGAAAAUACAUUGAGUGGAUUGACCAGAAGAGUUAUUGCCUGUCUUGAUGUCAGAAGCAAUGAUGAUGGGGAUUUGGUUGUUACAAAAGGUGAUCAAUAUAAUGUUCGUGAAUCUUCUGGAGAUUCUGCUGAUAAUAAAGUAAGAAACUUAGGCAAACCUGUCGAGUUAGCAACAAGAUAUUACAAACAAGGGGCGGAUGAGGUUACAUUUUUGAAUAUAACCUCAUUUCGUAAUUCGCCUUUGAAGGAUUUACCUAUGUUGAAAGUCUUAAGUACUGCAGCUGAAACAAUCUUUGUACCAUUGACAGUAGGUGGUGGAAUUAAGGAUAUGGUUGAUCCUAUAUCUGGUGAAAAUGUACCAGCUGCGAAGGUAGCUAGUUUGUAUUUUAGAUCUGGUGCUGACAAAGUGAGUAUUGGAUCUGAUGCAGUCACAAUAGCUGAGAAUUAUUAUGCAAACAAUAAACAAAAAACGGGAACAAGUUCAAUUGAAACAAUUUCUGCUACAUUUGGUAGUCAGGCCGUGGUCAUAUCUGUUGACCCAAAGCGUAAAUAUGUUCUGUCCCCAUCUGAAACCACAAUGGAGACCAUUAGUAUUCAAGAUCCUCUGAAAUAUGGCCCAUCAGGUGAGAAAUACUGCUAUUACCAAGUAACUUCACAAGGUGGAAGAGUAACUCACGAAUUAGGUGCGCUUGAAUUAUGUCUUGCCUGUGAAGAUUUGGGUGCCGGUGAGAUUUUGUUGAAUUCAAUUGAUCAUGAUGGUUCUAAUAAAGGAUUCAAUUUGGAAUUGUUAAGACAAGUUAAACAAAAGGUUUCAAUUCCUGUUAUAGCUAGUUCUGGUGCUGGAAAUCCCGAACAUUUCAAAGAAGUGUUUGAGAUGGAUUGUGGAAUUGACGCCGCUUUAGGGGCUGGUUUAUUCCACAGAGGUGAAUAUGAAGUUAACGAUGUUAAGAAGUAUUUACAGAAAGAAUGUUCUAUGGAUGUCAGGUUAGAUGACACUGUAGAGUUAUAA